GGCGGGAGGCGCCCGGGCCGUUUAAGCGGCCUCCCUCCCGCCCCCAGCUGCCCGGUUUGGCUUCGGCCCGGUCCCGACCCCCAGCCUGACCCAUUCCAUCCCUGACCCGCCGAGCGGUCCGCCGGGCACGCGGCGGCCUCCGGAGCAGCCCAGGCUCAUGAGGGCCGCCCGCCCGGCCGCCGGCGCAGACGAGACAGAGCUCCCGGCCCCCGAGGACGAGCAGAGGAUCAAUGCGGUUCCAGAAUCGAUUCCAGCGGUUCAUGAACCACCCAGCCCCCGCCAAUGGCCGCUACAAACCAACUUGUUACGAACAUGCUGCUAACUGUUACACACAUGCAUUCCUCAUUGUCCCGGCCAUCGUGGGCAGUGCCCUCCUCCAUGGGCUGUCUGACGACUCCUGGGAAAAGAUAACAGCAUGGAUUUAUGGGGUGGGCCUCUGCGCCCUCUUCAUCGUUUCCACAGUAUUUCACGUCGUGUCAUGGAAAAAGAGCCACUUAAGGACAGUGGAGCACUGUUUCCACAUGUGUGACAGAAUGGUGAUCUAUCUCUUCAUUGCCGCUUCCUAUACUCCAUGGUUAAAUCUCCGUGAACUUGGACCCCUGGCAUCUCAUAUGCGUUGGUUUAUCUGGCUCAUGGCAGCUGGAGGAACCAUUUAUGUAUUUCUCUACCAUGAAAAGUACAAGGUGGUUGAGCUCUUUUUCUAUCUUACGAUGGGAUUUUCUCCAGCCUUGGUGGUGACAUCAAUGAAUAACACCGAUGGACUCCACGAACUUGCCUGUGGGGGCUUAAUUUAUUGCCUGGGAGUUGUGUUCUUCAAGAGUGACGGCGUCAUUCCGUUUGCCCAUGCCAUCUGGCACCUGUUCGUGGCCACGGCAGCCGCCGUGCACUACUAUGCCAUCUGGAAAUACCUUUACCGAAGUCCAACAGACUUUAUGCGACACUUAUGACCAAACUGUACUAGGUCUCCAAACCAGUAUUGUUUCAAUUAUGGCACUUAGGAGUCGGGUAAGAGCUGAAAAUUGCACAAAGGAGGAAAAACAAAAAAACAAAAAAAGAAGACGACUGCACUGACUUUCUUUGUAUCUUUUGAAUAUAAUUACUGUGAAAGUGUAAAGGCUGUGUUCUGGAAUUUUCCCCCCUCACAGCUAAUAAGGCAGUGAAUUAAUUAUUCAUUCCAUUCCACUAUCAUGAAGGACUCUGGAUAGACUUGGCCAGUUUGAUGUUUACAAACCAGAAUUUUGUAUUUUAAUUUUACAGAUUUUACUACAUGAUUUUUUCUAAAUUAACUAGGUCAGGUUGUCAAAGUCAGUGCAAUAACAAAACUUCCUUUUUAAGAGACAGUGGUUUCUAUCACUUUCCCAUUAGCUGUGUGAAGAAUCAUGGACAGAACUUUCACUGCUUUUUUUACCAUGUUUCAUCUUGGCAUGAUGUGGUUAUUUUUUAAAUAGAAACUUCAGUUUUUUAUAAAUUUUUAAAAAAAUACUUCAUUGAAGUGCAUCUCUGUGGUUCCUCAUCCUUGUGAAUUUUUGCAGCAAGCUGUCAACAUUCCACAAGUGAACAGACAGACCUCUUCUGAUCGUUUUAUUAAGCAUGGAGAAAUUGCCGAUUUUGAAAAACUGCAAGUUUUCCAAACUUUUCUGCCAACCUCUGACUCUGAAUUCCGUGCUGCUUUGGGCCACAUACUUGACCUAGUUUGGUUUACCCGUGAUGGAAAAGUAUUUUGAUAUCAUUAACUUUUUCAAAAGACUCAACUUUUUCUCCGUGUCUUUGCCAUGUUUUCUUCAGGGUCUUUUUCUGCAGCGGAUGAGAAUUCAGUCUGGCCUGGGAGCAUGUUGUUGGGCUGACCGUCCGUUGGACUCCAGUGAAUAGUGGGAAUGCCUGUUUGGUGCCCAGUGGUUACGUCAUUGUCACUUAGCUUUAUAUUAUCAGUUUGAUAUUCAUUUUAAAUUGUGGAACUAGAUGCAUAAAUUCACAUUUCUACCUUUCCUUUGCAUCUCCUGAUAUACUUUUUUCCUUUUUUUAUAGAAAAAUAUUUAAAGCAUUGUCUGCCAGGUAGAAACUCAUGUGUCUACAGUCCAUGGGUUAUAUCCAGGCUCAGUGGAGUGGUAUUUAAUAUAUUGUUUUGGUUUUCCCUCAGUGUCUUACAUUAAGAUUAACGUAUUAGUUGCUUUGUUGAUUAAUCUCUUGUUGGUGUUUUAAUAAGUGGGAUAACCUUGCCUUUUACUUUUAGAUCAGGUGCUGAUACUGCCUGUGUUCCAGUAAUGGGUUUGAUCAUUGGAAUUGUUGGAUUGACAAUACAUUGAAUUCAAUUCAUUGAAAUUGUGUGCUGUUGUGGCUUUAAAUGAGGGUUUAUUUUGUGGGUGUAUGUUUAGAACUCUCUGAAUUUGGUAAAUUAUACGGGAACAGAAGAACUACUUUUUGCUGGUGACUUCUUAAAUAUGCAAGGUGUACCCAGUGAUGACACCGACCAGACCACCCCUGGCUGCAUGAUCCUGAACAUCUGAAUGCCUAUUAUUUUAUUGAGUAUAUUUUAUUUUUAAUAUAUUAACUUUUGUGGAUUCAUUUAAAGUCUGCUCAGAAGUAACACUGUCAAAACCACUAAAAUGUAUGUAAAAAAUUGUGCUGUAGACUAAAAUAAAAUUGUUACUUGGAUUUGU